AUGCCACUCGCUGCUGCCGAUGAUGACCCGGCGGUGCAAGGUCGACGCGAGUUCUCUCGAAACGUCCGCGACGAUGACGACGAGAGAGCUUGUAACGACAUCGACGACCAAGAGAUUGUCGGCCUACCCUCAGACUACACGAAGGAAGAGACCAAGAUCCUCGAGAUUGAGGUGUUCGCCCGCGGUGAGCUGGCCAUGCACACUGCAGAUUGUUUUGAUGAUCUCGCCCACGUACGAAGCGCUGUCGAGUAUCGCGCGUCUUUCUUGCGCGAGAAGAAGACCGCGGGGAAGCAAGGGCAGAAAGCAGGUACGCGUUUCCAGACCGAACUCCAGAGGAGCGGUCACUACGCUUAUCGUCUGGCCGAACGCUACAAUGACAACUUCCAACGUGUAUCGGCACUGCGCAAGAUUCUCGACCACAAACCGGACCAAGACUCGCCAGAAGGUCGUCUACGCGCGAUCAACUUGAAGACAGAUCUAGUCCUCUCUGACCUGACCUCACGUCAACCAGGCGACACCCGGCGGUACUCUUCUUGGGUUUGGCGCAUCCUGACGCCCAAGAAGGACAAGCGGCAGCAGCCAUCGAGGCAAAGCAAUUUAACAUUUACUACAGCACAGUCGACGAUGUUCCAUACUCGCCUGCAGCGCAAGUAUCAAGCGGACGCCCAUGCAAACUAUGUGUUCACGGACUUCCGUAACGGCAGAGCUGGCCAUGACUUCUAUUCCAGAGCUUGGCAAGCGACGACGAAGGAGAGCAACUUGUCGCGAGGCAAGCGUGCGUACGCUAUGCAGCAGAGUGCUGUCUACAGUCAUGGCAGUGACCGGUUCCACAAGCGUCACACCAAUUCGCUGAAGCCGGGGGUAUCCAUGGAUGAGAAGUACCAUGACGUUGUAAGUGUUUGCAUACCCUUGUCCAUUCUCUGA